AUGGGAUAUAAUAAGGCAAUUGCGCGGGUAAUUAUUUUUCCUUUAACCCGAACUUUGGCAAUUCUUAUUAACCCGUCUUUACUUUUAAUUAAUUCAACAAUUUUACCUAAAUUCCAAGCUUGUAUGGGCACCUGUUUAUUUUGUAUCAAUACAAUUUCACCAAUUUCGGGGAUGUAAUUUUUCUUAUACAAUUUUUGAUUAUGUUUAUCUGCCCUUUCUUUUAAUUUAUUUAAAUACUCUUUUUCCCAUUUUUGCCAGAAAUGAUUUAACAUUUGAUUUGAAUUUUCCCAUUCCUUAAUUAAUGUCUCUCUUUGGGUUUCCUUUUCUAAAAAUUCUUUUUCAUCUGAAAUUUCUAACUCAAUAUUUUCUUCAUUACGUGAUGGUAAAAUAAGAUCAAUUGGACGCAAUACAGUAUAGGCGUCGUCGAA